AUUUAAUUUUAAUUUCCUUUCUCCCUCUCUCUCUCUCUCUCUCUCUCUCUACAAAUUUUCCUUUUCAAAAUUAUUCAAUUUUAUCUGAAAACAUUUACAUAUUAUCGUGUCUCCUUUAGUCUUCUUUUUUUCACCUAUUCGUCGAUUCAAGACGAGGAGGUUCAGACACUGGAUGAUCCACGAUGGCUGAGAUAAAGUCAUCUGGGAGGCCAAUUGAUCAAUUGCUGGAGAAGGUCCUGUGCAUGAAUAUACUUUCUUCUGAUUACUUCCGUGACCUUUUGAGAUUGAAGACAUAUCAUGAAGUGAUUGAUGAGAUUUAUGUUACCGUCACACACGUAGAGCCAUGGAUGACAGGCAACUGUCGGGGGCCAUCAACUGCAUUUUGCCUUCUUUACAAAUUCUUCACCAUGAAACUCACUGUCAAACAAAUGCAUGGACUGUUGAAGCACCCAGAUUCUCCUUACAUAAGAGCGAUUGGAUUUCUUUACUUGAGGUAUAUUGCUGAUCCAAAGACAUUAUGGAGUUGGUAUGAACCAUACCUAAAAGAUGAUGAGGAAUUCUCUCCUGGUUCUGAUGGCCGAAUGACCACAAUGGGCGUGUAUAUUCGGGAUUUGCUUCUUGGACAGUAUUACUUCGACACACUUUUCCCCCGUAUCCCUGUUCCUGUUAUGCGAACAAUUGUAGCCAAUCUUGAAAAUAUGAAAUUGCCUACAAAACACUGUGGAGUUACUGGUGAGUCCACCCGUGGAUCUGAGGAGACUUCCAGGAGGCCACCUUCUGUCAAAGCUGCCCUCUCUGUCUCUUUUGGUCAGCGUGCUCCUCAUCGUGCAUCAACUAGGGAUUCAUCUCCAGUUCGUCGUACCAGUACUCCAUCUUAUGACAGAGAUGAUGAUUCAAGACGGUCUUCAAAUCGUCGCCGGAGCCAGAGCCGGGAUGUGUCUGAUCGAGAAUACGCAGACAGGGAUAGAGACAGGGAAAUGGACAGAGGCAGGAAAAGAGAUCGCUCUCAUGAUCGUGACCGAGAUCGAGACAGGGAACGGGAGAUGGGCAGAGACAGAGAGUCAGUAAGAGAAAGGGGGAGAGAACGGGGUAGAGAUAGGAGGUAUGAUUAUGAUAGGCGGUCCGGAGAUAGCUGUAGGAGGUAUUAUGAUAGCCAUGGAAGCGACCAUGAUGAACACUAUUAUAGAGAAGGUAGCUCCCACCAUAGCAAGAGCAGGAGCCGGAGCAUUUACGGACACGACCAGCAUCGUCCUAGUCCCUCCGGACAAGACAGCAAGGAGAGGACAUCUGCAUCUAGUAAUCUUGCCAAGCUUAAAGAUCUGUAUGGCGACUUGAGCAAUCAAAAGGAGGAUGCUGGCAAGGACAAGGGUCCUAACAGGCCUAGCGGUACUGAGGAGGUGAUCAGACUCGGCGGUUCUACGUGGAGGUAGGAGGGAGUAAUAUGUGUUUCUGCUCCGUCGACUUCACUUCUCCAUCAUUUAGAUGGGCACUUUUUAUAUGUUGGAACGCAGACGACAUUCGAAAAAAUGAGUGUUAAUGGUAACAAUCUAUGUUUGUAUCAUCCUCUUUUCCAGUCAUUCCGUUUAUGUGCGACUAGUAAGGUACAAU